AAGAGACGAAACUCAAGUUCCCGGAUAUGCCUCUCAUUUGGCUCAAAGACAUCGCAUACUUCUUGAACGGGAAGUUUCCAUCCGUUGAACCCGAAGACGUGACGUUUGCCGACAAAUCAAUUGACUACCCGUCGUGUGCACUGCCCCAAAAUGUAUUGGAGUUUAUUAAACGCAAUAUACAUCAGUGUCCGGCGCCUAUACUGCAACUCAUUCAGGAACAGUUGCUCCAGAGUCUGGUCAAGCCGUCGGGUCCGACGAUGGGCUUCCGGAUAAUGCUUCAGUGCAUUAGCGCUCAAUACCCGGAGUUUACGCUCAAUAACAUACAGAAGUUUAUUCAGCAAAGGGUUUCCUAUGCCAACAGACAACCGGUGUGUCUAUCGGUUCUAUGGGUGGCCCAGCAGUCGGGCAAAAAGGACUUGAAAUGCGGUCUUAACAUCUGGUUAGAGCUAAUGCUGCCCAUCAUUAGCCAGAAAGUGUACACAAAGUAUAUCGUCGAUUCGUUGCGAAUGGUUUUAGAACUUCACUCCAAUAGCAAAGUAAAGGCGGAUGUGUUGGACGUGAAGAGAUUCUUUGUGAUCUGGGAUUUCAUUCAUUCGCCCGGCAAUGGAAUGCAAACCAAUUUCCAGAAACAAAUGGAAAUUAUUUAUCCCAAACUUAAAUUAAUUUCGAUUUACAAUAACUCGAAACAAAACGCUAGCCUUUAUUUCCCGUACCUUUUCGAGCGAUUAAACGCCGAUAAGUUUGUUUACCAGAGGCCCGAACUGUUGGCCGAAUUGGCCAAAUGUAUGGCUUCGGACGAAAAGUGUUUUAGCGUUUGGCGAACUCUGUAUUCGCAAAACUUAACUCAAUCGGCUCAACUGCUCGAGUAUCUGAUCGAUAACUACCGAACACUUCCGUCCAAUCUAUCGAAGAAACUGUUGACCGAAACGGUAUUAAGUUUUCGCAAUACAAACGACGACUUCCGAGCCGAGGGUAAGCCUCUCAAGGAUGGACACGAGGCCUGUGAAGCACACUGUGAGACACUGUUGAACACUAUGUCGAGCUGGAAGGUGCCCAUCAAAUCCAUUCUUCUGGUGCUGACCCUACUCUUGGUCUCACUGCUGGCCUACGACACCAAAACUCACGGAUCCUUUCAAAAGUCAUUCACUGGGAAUCUAUUGAAACGGACGGGCACUUUGCCAGUCGUCGAACAGGCGUACACUAAGAUCGAGACCUAUUCGCUCAUUGCCUACAGUUGGCUCGCCGUAAACCUACCCGUGUAUUGGAAGUCCGUGUCGGCAGUGCUCUCGCCAUACCUGACACUGUUUUGGGCCAAAUUCACCGAAGUAUCGCUCUAUGUGUGGAACUCUACGGAAGUACUUCGCGUUUGGAUCAACAAAACCAUUCCACCCAUUCUGGAGACGAUAAGCGACGAUUUAGUGCCAAAAGUGCAGUCAUUCUUCUGGCAAAUAACGAGUCAAUUGCACACAUAUUUCAACAUUUUCUGGACUUUUAUACUCAAAAACUGGUUGAUUGUCUCC